AUGCGAGCCCAACAAGUCCCUGAAGGACAGCGAGUGGAAUUUGCUGCUUAUAUGUUGAGGAAUGACGCGCAACAUUGGUGGCAGGGAAUACUCCAACUACUAGGAAGAGAAGCUAUUGACAUCUCAUGGGAGAAAUUUUCAGUUGAAUUUUAUAAGAAGUAUUUUCCUGAGUGUUUUCGCACCGCUAAGGAAUUGGAGUUGCUUCAGUUGAAACAAGGAAACAUGACCGUCAGUGAGUACAUUCGCAAGUUUGAAGAGUUAUGCCGGUUCUCGAACAUUUGUCAAGGAGCACCAGCUGCAUAUGAGAAAUGGAAGUGCAUCAAGUUCGAAGGAGGACUUAGAGAGGAACUGUUAGCUCAUGUGGGUCCAAUGGAAAUCCAAAAUUUUGUGGAAUUAGUUAACAAAAGCUAA